ACAACAGUCUACGUGACGAUCUUGGAUGAAAAUGACAAUGCGCCCAUGUUUGACAGUCUACUUUAUGAAGUCAGGCUAGAUGAGGGUCCUCUGACACUGAACUCUGUCAUUAUCACAACUACGGCUGUUGAUCUUGAUGAAGGACUUAAUGGAACCGUGAUCUAUAAUAUAAUAAAUGGCAACCUCAAUAACACCUUUACGAUCACCAGUGGCAUGGGUCUGAUACGUGCUGUGAAGGAACUAGAUUAUGAAGUCUGUCUGGGUAGAUAUACUCUAAUUGUAACUGCAACAGACAGGUGUCCCAUUGUACUACGUCGGCAGACCUCCACUACCACGGUCUUGGUCAAUGUUAAUGACAUCAAUGACAACUGGCCAAAGUUUCCAAAUUCAUAUGAGGGUCCUUUUGAGAUCACGGAAGGGCAGCCUGGUCCUAGAGUAUCAACCUUUAAAGCUGAAGAUAAAGAUUCUGGUCUCAAUGGCCAAGUAGAAUACAGCAUUGUAGGGGGUGAUAUUCUUGGGGAGUUUAUAAUAUCAUCGGUAGAAGGAGACUUGAGGGUUCGAAAGGACUAUGAACUUGAUCGGGAAAAUAUUGCCUCCUACAAUAUUACGAUCAUGGCAAAGGACAGGGGCAAUCCUCCAUUCAGUUCUACGGUAAUUGUUGAAGUGCGAGUGUUGGACAUUAAUGACAAUGAUCCUGUUCUUCUCAAUCUUCCACUGAACAUAACCAUCAGUGAGAACACCCCAGUAUUAACGCCUAUCACUCGGAUCCUUGCCAGUGAUGCUGAUGCUGGCCGUAAUGCCAUUUUGACCUUUAAUAUAACAGGAGGGAACACCGAAAACUCCUUUUCCAUCAAUGAAAAUACUGGAAUAGUUUAUGUGAACCGUCCCCUGGACAGGGAGAAAAUUGCAGAGUAUAAGUUAACGGUAUCUGUGAAGGAUAAUCCAGAAAAUGCCCGCAAUUCUAGAAAGGAUUUUGACCUGUUGGUUGUGACCAUAUCAGAUGAGAAUGACAAUAGGCCAGUGUUCUCCCAAGGAUCAUAUCAAGCUGAGAUCAUGGAAAACUCUCCAGCAGGAACAUCCAUCAUUGUCCUCAAUGGUCCUAUUCUAGCUAUAGACAAUGACUUAGGAGUAAAUGCUGUGGUUUCAUAUCGACAUCUUGGUAACCAGAUGGAUUUGUUUACCAUAAACACCAGCACAGGUGUUGUGGCUGUGAAAGCAGGGAGGAAUUUAGACAGAGAAGCUUUCUCUGUUCCUGUGCUGAAUUUAACACUUGUGGCAGAAGAUAUUGGAAAGUUAAAUAACACAGCUUCACUAGUCUUAACAAUAUUGGAUGCCAAUGACAACAGACCCAUCUUUAGCCCACAGAGUGUUAGUAUACGACUUAGGGAAAAUAGUCCUCCAGGGUUUUCUGUUGUGCAGGUUACAGCAACAGAUGCAGACAGCGGCCCAAACCAACAACUAACCUACCGAAUAGAAAGUGGAGCCCAAGACAGGUUCCUUAUUGAUUCCUCUACGGGUGUCAUUAGGGUGGCCAACGUGACCGUGGACAGGGAAGAGAAGGAUGCCUACAGACUAAUAGUAGUUGCUACAGACCAUGGCACCACGCCUUUAUCUGGAAGCACCACAGUCAACAUACUCAUUGAUGAUGUUAAUGACUGCUCACCAGAAUUUGUCAUUCCCAUCCAGACUGUCAGUGUCUUGGAAUCAGCUGAGGUGGGAACUGUUGUAGCUGAGGUCACUGCAAUUGAUCGAGACCUCAAUCCUCGUCUGGAGUAUUACAUCAUUGAAAUUGUGGCCACAGAUGAUACCAAUGUUAUUGUUCCUAAUCAGCAGGGAACAUUCAGUGUAGACUUCAAAACAGGAGCAGUUAUGGUAAAAUCUCACUUGAACAGAGAGCUUGUAGCAACUUAUGACAUUACUGUCUCUGUAUACGAUAAUGCCAGCGAGGUGGUUGACCGAUCGGUCAGUGUCCCUAAUGCAAAGUUAACAGUGAAUAUUCUGGAUGUCAAUGACAACACUCCCCGAUUUCGACCAUUUGGGGUUACUGUUUUCUCUCAAAGGAUAAUUGAAGGUGCCACCCCAGGGACCACACUGUUGUCAGUAUCUGCUGUUGACCCGGAUAAGGGACCUAAUGGUCAGAUCACCUACUCUCUCCAUAACCUUGUGCCAGCAGGAUACGUACAACUUGAGGACAACACAGCAGGAAAAAUUAUAGCAAACCGGACUGUGGAUUAUGAGCUGGUGCAGUGGGUAAACUUCACUGUCAGAGCAUCAGAUAAUGGCUCUCCGCAGAGAUCUUCUGAUGUUCCUGUUCGUCUUGAGAUUGUGGAUAUCAAUGACAAUAAUCCAAUAUUUAGCCAAAUUUUAUACCAGAAACCUGUAUUUGAGGACAUUCAACAUGGAUCUACAGUUUUGCAGAUUAAAGCCACUGAUGCAGACUCUGGGCGGUUUGCUCUUAUUCAGUACAGCCUUGUGGAUGGAGAGGGCAAGUUUGGGAUAAACCCUACCACGGGAGCCAUAUACAUCCUUUCCCCACUGGACAGAGAGAAGAAAGAUUACUAUACUCUUACAGCCAUUGCCAGAGACAAUCCUGAAGAUAUCACUAGCAACCGACGAGAGAACUCUGUGCAGGUACUUAUUACAGUCCUGGAUGUUAAUGACUGCAGACCUCAGUUCUCUAAAAGCCAGUUCAGUACCAGCGUGUAUGAGAAUGAACCAGAGGGCACAUCCGUCAUCACUAUGUCAGCCACAGACCUUGAUGAGGGUGACAAUGGCAUUGUGACGUAUAAUUUGGAGGGCCCUGGUGCUGAUGCAUUCCUCAUUGAUAUAAACUCUGGACUAAUAACUUCCCGAAGACUUCUACAGUCCUUUGAAAGAUUUAAUUUGACAGUUGUAGCCACUGACAAAGGCAGACCACCUCUGUGGGGGACAACGAUGCUAAGAGUGGAUGUAAUCGAUGUCAAUGACAACCGGCCUGUGUUUGUUCGACCACCUAAUGGUACCAUUCUACAUAUAAAAGAGGAAAUCCCCUUAAAGUCUACAGUAUAUGAAGUAUACGCCACAGAUAACGAUGAAGGUUUGAAUGGAGCAGUGCGCUACAGUUUGCUAAAAACCGGAGCUGGAAAUAAAGACUGGGAGUAUUUUAAUAUUGAUUCCAUGAGUGGACUUAUUCAAACUGCACAGAGAUUAGAUCGGGAGAAGCAAGCCAUUUAUAGUCUUAUAAUUGUUGCCUAUGACCUUGGUCAGCCAGUGCCUUAUGAAGCCAUGCUACCUCUUCAGGUUGCUCUAGAUGAUGUUGAUGACAAUGAGCCAAUCUUUGUCCGACCACCGAGAGGUGCUGUGCAGUACCAAAGCCUUUCUGUCCGUGAGCAUUCCAAACCUGGAACUGCAGUGGGGAAUGUCAGUGGUGCUGUGGAUUCUGAUGAAGGUCCAAAUGCCAUUGUCUACUAUUUUAUUGCAGUUGGAAAUGAAGGAAACAACUUUCAGCUGGCUCCUGAAGGAAAGCUGACAGUUCUGAAGAACCUGGACCGAGAGAAGGAACCAUACUACUCUCUUAUAGUGAAAGCAUCCAGCAAUAGAAAUUGGUCACCCCGCAAAGCGAUGAGGGCCUCGAGGAUACAGAGUUUUGAUCCCAGCACAGACUCGACCUUGCAGGAAGUGAGGAUCUACCUUGAAGACAUUAAUGAUCAGCCACCCAGAUUUACAAAAACAGAGUAUACAGCAGGUGUUGCAACUGAUGCAAAAGUAGGCUCUGACCUCAUCAAGGUUCUAGCACUUGAUGCUGAUGUGGGCAACAACAGCCUGGUGUUCUACAGCAUCUUAAGCAUUCACUACAUUAAACAGAACUCAAAUGACUCACAGGAGGUGAAAAAUAUUUUUGUUAUUGGUAAUGUUGAUGGUAUUAUUCGGACAUUUGAUCUCUUUACUGCCUACAACCCUGGUUACUUUGUGGUUGACAUCAUGGCCAGCGAUCUGGCCGGACACAAUGAUACUGCUGUUGUUGGAAUAUAUAUUUUACGUGAUGACCAGCGCUUAAAGAUAGUUAUUAAUGAGAUUCCUGAUCGGGUGCGUGAAUUCGAGGAGGAAUUUAUACGACUUUUAUCCAACAUCACAGGAGCCAUUGUCAAUACAGAUGACGUUCAGUUUCAUGUAGACAAAAAAGGUAGAGUGAACUUUGCCCAGACUGAUAUGCUGAUUCAUGUUGUAAAUCGCGAUACCAACAGAAUUCUUGAUGUGGAUCGGGUUAUACAGAUGAUUGAUGAGAAUAAAGAACAAUUACGGAAUCUCUUUCGCAAUUACAAUGUCUUGGAUGUUCAGCCAGCCACUACACCCAGUGCUCCGGAGGACCUGUCUGCGCUACAGAUGGCAAUUAUUAUAUUGGCUAUCCUGCUGUUCUUGGCUGCAAUGUUAUUCAUCUUCAUGAAUUGGUACUACCGAACUGUACACAAGAGAAAAUUAAAAGCUAUAGUGGCUGGCUCUACAGGAAACAGAGGAUUUAUGGAUAUUCUUGAUAUGCCGAACACUAAUAAAUACUCAUUUGAAGGGGCAAAUCCUGUAUGGCUGGAUCCUUUUUGCAGAAAUUUGGAACUGGCGGCACAAGCAGAACAUGAAGAUGACUUGCCUGAGAACUUGAGUGACAUCACUGAUCUGUGGAACAGCCCAGCAAGAACCCAUGGUACUUUUGGACGAGAACCAACUGCCACCAAACCGGAGGAUGAUCGCUACCUUCGUGCUGCAAUUCAAGAGUAUGACAACAUUGCAAAGCUGGGGCAGAUUAUGCGUGAAGGGCCCAUUAAGGGGUCACUGCUGAAAGUCGUACUGGAUGAUUAUAUGAGAUUGAAAAAGUUAUUAGCACAAAGAAUGGUUAAUAAGGCCACCACCAGCACUGGUGACCAUUCCUCAGUCACAGAGUUGAUUCAGAAUGACUUGGAUGAAGACGAGGAUCAAAGCCCAAGACACGGAUCGCUACGCUUCAAACACAAGCAGCCAAUUGAAUUAAAAGGACAAGAUGGAAUCCACAUUGUUCAUGGUAGCACAGGGACUCUCUUGAAUUCUGACAUCAACAGUUUACCAGAGGAAGAUCAGAGAGUCCUAGGGCGUUCUCUGGAAACUCUUAGCACAGACAAUUGUGUUUUUAAUGACAGAAAUGCCCGCACAGAAUCUGCCAAGUCCACUCCGAUGCACAAGUUGAGGGAUACCAUCGAGGAGAGCCCUCUGGAGAUAACAGAAUUAUGACUAGAGGUGGCCUCAUUGGUCUAGCAGUUAAGAAGAGCGUACUGAGCCACUGCUUCAGCAUUGUGGCAAAAAAAGGAAUAUGGGCGGCUGAUGUGAGCGCAGUUUAGGCUGCCAAGAGUCUGUAUGCAAAAUGACCAGCGCCCCACCAUCCAGGGCAGAUGAGAAGGUUAUAUGAAAAGAAAAUUUCCCUUCCAAAAAAUCCAGAGAUUAUCUUCCACUGUGACUGGAGGGAGUGUACUUACACCAUAUCGCAGUGUUUCUGGUGGCUGUCGAACGUGAACGGACACCAAUUGUGUCAACAGAGUUGAAAAUAAUGCUAAGAAUGGCUUGGUACAAAGAAUUCUUUUCUGCUGGCAGUGUUGUAAAACUUCCCUAGUGUUUAAAAAACAUACCUAAAAGACCCUAACACUGGACAGAAACACUGCCACUAGGCCCAUGAGGUCAUAACACGCUCAGAACUUUAGGUAAAUGUCUUUCAGUUGUGCUGACUUACCAAAACGAUACAAGUUUCCGAUCACCACUUCCAGGACUUCUGAAAGAGUUGUAGUGUGUCAUUUUAAUUUAUUUUUAAAUGUAUGUGGAUUUUGUGUUUUAUUUUUUCCCUUUUUUUUAAUGUUUGGUAUGAUGAAGAAAUCAAAAUGAUGAAUGAACAAAGUCUUGGUUAUUUCAGCUAAAGGUGCUAGUAAGCCUCAAGGUGAAUGUGGCUAUGUGGAUCCACAAAGUUUAAAGCUGAACUCCAACUUUCUUUACAUAUAACUGAAUGGAAUGAUCAAUCCCAGCAUAGAUCAUACCUCUGUAUCAUGUUGCUCUAUUGUCUGCAGAUCCCCCUGAUAUUCUGGGUUUAGUCGUGGCUAUGUAUCAUGUGACACAAUGUAUAUCCUGCUAAAAGACUCUGUCCCUUCCACAGCAACUUCCUGCAGCAGCUAGAGUCCAUAACAAUCCCCUUUGUAGUCUUUCAGAUUCUGCGAAUGAUGUAACUUCCCUCACAGCUCUGAUUGUGUGUGGGAUUGAAUACAUCCUAAUUGGCAUUCAAUCCCACCCAGUCACACUUACAGUCCCACCUCACAGAUCACAGCAUUCUUCAAGCAGGAUUCCACCCGCAAUUUUUUUUUUUUAAAAGUUAGCAGCUACUAACAGUGUAGCUGCUGACUUUUUAU